AUGGCAACUCCUGUAAUCCUUAAAAUCAUUUUGACUGAUGGCAGCUCUCAGAGGUUGACUCUAAGAAGUGGACUGCCUGCAUCCAUUGAUGACCUAAUGGUUGAAGUAAAGAAACAGUGUGGACUUGAGGGCAAUUUCAGGCUUCAAUUUAUGGAUCUCAUGUUUGGAAAUGAGUACCUUAACCUUACCUCAGUUUCAGAAAUAGUAGACAAAGGUACUCUUAAAAUCAUUACUGUUGUCAGUCCAGUCACAGAACCCCAGAUAUUCAGUCCUUCAUCUGUAUGUGACUACUUGAGUCAGUCAAGUGGAACAGAUACAUUGUCAUCAAGUGAGUCUACAAGCUCACGGUCAGCUUGGCCUGCUGUUUUUCAUGCGCCUAAAUUCUCUUACGAUGCCGAAAUCAAACUUCAGCAGGCACACUUAGCUUACCUUCAGAAUGGCACUGUGCUUUCUCCAGAUCCCAAGUUGAAGUCGGCCAUCCUUGAUGGUUUAGUACAGGAAAUUGUGCGGUAUAAAGUCUAUGUUUGUGAUAAGGAGAUGGAACAGGUUGCCCAGAGUCUUAUCAAGAAACAUCCGUGUUUAACCGAGAAGGGAUCAAGCACUGGUUGUGGUGGAUGGAAAGUAAGUUUAAAAUUUAAACUGUCUAACUACCGCACACAGCUGAGAAAACUGGGAUGCCCAGAGGUUGUGGUGAACUCUUUAAAACAUAAACCUCCUGGAAAGGGCAGCUCAGCCUUUGGAGUCAAAAAGGCAAAAAGAGCGGAGGUGAAUUUUUGCCCAGCAUACUCGUCAUCAGAAACGCAGGAGAGUCUCGAGGCCAUACAGAAAGACCUGCUUUUAGAUGUAAAGAAGAAGGACAACAGACAGGUUGUGAAACUCAAGAUGGAAAAGACUUUUGCCCAUCGAAGGCAGGAAGUUGUUCGUGAUGCACCAAUGGUGGCGAAUUUCAUGGCAAGGUGGCCUGCACUGUUUGAAGUCCGUGAGAUCAAUGCUGAAUUUAAGAGGAUCACCACUGUCCCGCUUCAGUCGAAGUUCCUGUCUCAGCUGGACCUCCACUCCGACAACCUAAUGAAGCUCUUCCAGCAGAGAGGAGGGCAGCUAGCAAAAAGACUCCAACCAAUUAUCGCUGAAAUGGCUGAAUGUGAUGAUGUUGAUGCUGGAAGAGAGUGUGUUGUCAAAGGACUUUGUAUCUACAUGGGAGAAGAGCCAGAAAGCCUUGUUCAAGAAUAUUUGGACAUGGAUGAAGUCAGUGUCUUGAAAGCAAUUAAAGACACCACUAUUGGAGUUUAUGUUCUAAAACAUGCUGCUUGCGACGAGCUAGAGGAUGUUGGUGUUGUCCUUGAAGGCAUCAAGGUGUUGCAAUACCUUGACAAUGUGUCAUUAGCUGUUGGUAUGCUGUUUGGGCUGAUGUAUGCCUUAAACCUCAGCUAUCCUGUUGACCUCCGCUAUACCUUUGAGAAGAAAGUACUAGAGGUUUUGAAGGACAUGAGGAGGGAUAAAUGA